CUAUCAUACAAAAACAAUAAUCAAUGUUCACCAAUAGCGAGAACCGUCGAAGUAAGAGGUUGACCAUGGUUAAUUGUGAAGUUUAGCAGUCCUGGUGAAUGAUAAAUCUGUCUGGCUAUGGCUUCCUUAAAGCUGAUCGUACUGGCGUGUGUACUCUUCGUCAGCGUCUCCAGUCAGAGAUACACUUGUGAUAAUAAUCCGUUUAACAACGGGUGUACUAUUCCAUUCGGCCUCGACAUCCCCUUCAGUAACUCAUUCCUUCCGGCCUGCAGGCGGCAUGAUAUCUGCUACAAAUGUGGCAACCAUCCAAUGUACGUAGAACGCGAUCCAAGGCAGCGAUGUGAUCGUAUCUUUCGCCGGAAUAUGAUGGCAAUUUGUAGGCGACGAAGCUUCUUCCGGAAGCUGACCUGCCAGGCUAAUGCCCGUCUCUACUACACAGGUGUUCGUGCGUUGGGCAUCGGCCGAAUGAAAUCCCGGGAACGUGUUCCAAGCUUUUGUACCCAAAGCUGGGUAAAUCCAUGUCUCCAGUGACGUGUACACAGCGACAUGUCGAAUGAGGUCGGCUACCUUCGGAUGUAGACUACGGAAUCAGCCGAAUGUUGACUAGCGCCAUGUAUCGACAAUCAACUUAUAAUAUAAUAAUCUUCAUAAUCGAAGACUCUUCGUAUGUGUGUGUUUCUAUUGAUGACAUAUAAAUAAUGCAAAAAUAAACAAUGCAAAAUAUAA